UGGCUCAAAUUCGCGCGCAAGGCACUCGUUAUGUAAGAGACUUGCGUCCAAAUGUUGUUUUGUUACAAGCUGUAUCAAACGAUUUGUGUCGGAGAAACACAUCAGUGGAAGACAUUUUUCAUGAAUUUGCGGACUUUGUAAUUUAUCUCCGUGAUGCGGAAGAUGUGAAAAAAGUAGUGGUGCUUCAGACAUUGCAUAGAAUUCCCCCGACAAGAUGUAUCAGGUUUCAUGUGGACACAGAGUGGUUUAACAAGAGAGUUGAUGAAUUAAAUAGACGCAUGUCCAAUUACUUGCAGAAUGUAGAGGGAGCAGCAUUCUUUCGCCUAUCAGGUUUCUGGUGUCCAAAUAAUCAGAGGACAGUAUUUCUGGCUGAUGGGGUCCAUUUGAAUAAUGGAAAUAAGAAAUAUUAUAAUAAUUUGAGAGCUGUUAUUGUUUCCUUGAUAAAGUCUAUCAAUAAUGAUGAAUGAAACAACUGGGUCCAAAAGACCGGCCAGGGGUAGGAGGACAAGACCUGUACCUGCCGCUGCAGGAUCAGCAGAACAGGCGGCUCAGCAGGAAUCAGAAGCUUUACAGCCACACUUGGUAGCAGCCGUAACUGAACAAGUACUGAAGGCGAUACGUGAGCAGUCGGCUGAGGAUCACUCUGGGGAAAAAAGAGGACGUGAGCGCCAACACAACUCUAGACGAAAGAAACAAAGAAAACAGUCUUCCUCAGGUCGACAAAUUCCGGGUCUUGGCACCACAUAUGGAUCAAUACCCAGACAGCAUACCUCUGAAGUACCUUCAUGUCUAGAAGAUACUGCAUCUGAAUUAUUGCAAGCUGCAGUUUCAGUCAAUACUCAUUCUUCUUAUAAGACUGCACUUGCUGUAUAUGACAAAUACUGCAGGCAAACUUUCUCAUCAUGCUCAAAAUUCCCAUCCCAAGUUACUGAUGUAAUAUACUUUGUAGCAUGGUUACACCACAAAGGCAGAACUUAUAAUACAAUCAAUACAUAUUUAGCUGGGAUCUCUUAUCAUCAUAAAAUCCAAGGGCUAGCAGAUCCAACAAAAUUUAUUGUGGUGAAAAAACUUAUUAAGGGGGCUCAACACCUGUCUAGUACCCCUGAUAUUCGGUUACCCAUAACACCCAAAAUUUUGUUUCAGUUAAUUAAUGCUUUAAAUGUUACGGUUUGUGGAAAGUUUAACAAGCGUCUUCUGGCGGCCAAGUUUACACUUAGCUUUUUUGCUUUCUUGCGGGUAGGAGAAAUAACUGCAAAAUCUACAAGGUCAGGGCACAGAAAUUUAAAUUGAAAUGAGCAAUUUGUCUAAGGAUAAAAAACAAAAGAAAUUUAUGACUUUGACACUUCGGCAUUUUAAGCACAAUGACACAUGCAGACCGGUAUGUUUGCAAAUAGCAGCUCAAAAAUGCAAAUCUAUAUGCCCAGUACAAUCAAUGACAAAGUAUCUUCAAGUAAGAGGGUCAAAGCAGGGGCCUUUAUUCUCUUUUGAUGGAGCCAAUCCAAUUACGCAGUCAUUUUAUACAUCGGCAUUGAAAAAUGCUUUGUCUUAUAUUGGACUAAACACAAAGCGCUAUAAAUUGCAUAGCUUUCGGAUAGGUGCAGCAUCACAUGCAUUUCAGUGUCACAUUCCUGAAGAUAAAAUCUGUCUCAUGGGUCGCUGGAAUUCAAAUGCAGUAAAACGUUAAUUUCGAAUCCCUGUAUUUGAUUGUAUUGAUAUUUCCCCUUCAAGUCAGACUGUCUGAGGCAGCUGAAUUUUUUAGGGGUUUAUGCUCAGUACCCAUAGUGUUGUUGGUUUGUACAUUGCUUUAUGUUUAACUAUGUGUCCACAAACUGGAAGAGAGAUGUAAAACUUGUGAUGAAGUAGAUUGUAUAAUGUGACAUUUAAAAAGUAUGUAUCUUUACUGAUAUCAACAAUGACUGUCUGAGGCAGCAUUUUGGUAUAUGGGAAACUCCUCUGAAUAACUACAAUGACUGUCUGAGGCAGCAUUUUGGUAUAUGGGAAACUCCUCUGAAUAACUACAAUGACUGUCUGAGGCAGCAUUUCUGGGAAUAGGUAACUUUAUUUGUAACCACAAUGACUGUCUGAGGCAGCAUUCCUGUGGACAUGUAAUUUUAUCGGUAACUAAAAUGACGGUCUGAGGCAGCAUUUGUUGGUAUAUGUAACUCUAAUGCAAACCACAAUGCCUAUGUAAGACAGUAUGAGGGUGUAUGUAAUUGUAUUGUUAACUAUCUUUUUUGGUACCUAUAGCACAUACAUUGUGCAAAGUUGCUUAAUAUUGUCAGAAACAUUUAAUUUUUUAGCAUAAUUUUAUAAAUAAGUUUGGACGAAUUUGUUUUUCUUACAAAUGGUAUGAUAGAAUAAUUAGCUUGUACAUAUAGUUUUUACUCAAGUCUUUAUGUAUGCAUAAUUCUUUACAUCAGUGUGAAUCCUGUGGCAGCAUAUGUUCAGUUGUAAAAACUUUUUAUUUUUUGUAAUGUAGUAAAUUCUUUAGUUGUUUUGUACCGUAGAACAAUUUAUGUGUAGUUUUUCCCCUUUGCUGUAGAUUAAAUGUCACAAUAGUCUUUUUCUCAUAAUUUUUUACCUGAUAAAUUAUGCAUUGGUAACCACUUGUGGUGUUUAUAUGCUUCCCACUCGUCUCCUCUGGAUGGGGCACUUGUCUAUAACUUGUUAUAGACAAGUUUGUGGCAUUUUUUAAAGGUUUGUCCCAUCUUUUUUGCCAAAAUUUUUUUCAAGUCAUAUUUUUAGGUCUUCAUUAUAUAUGUUAAAUCAUUAUUAGGAAUACGUUAAAGUAUGGUCAUUUCUAAUUUUUGUCCUUAUUUGGUGAAUUUUGUUUGGCAUACUAAUAAAUGCUCAUUUACAACAACUGAAAGGUUCAUGUUAUGUUUGGCAAAAAACAGAGCAGAGUAGACUCAUGGAUUGAGAGUAUGGAUUACUUUCAGAAAAGUCCAAAAACGAUGGUAUAUUUGUAUUUAUGUGCAACAUAAAGUAAUUUAUACCAUCUAUCAAUGCAUUGUAUUGUUAUGUAUUCUUUCCGGAUAUCUAUCGAUUCAUUGUAUUGUUAUGUAUUCUUUCCGGAUAUUUUAAUGCCACACUCAACCUGGGUUUAAAUCGGUAACUUGAUCUUAUCACGUGAUCAUUGUUUAUCUCUAUUCUGCACACUUUGUCUGAAAAAUGUUUUGACCCGCCCCCUCCCCUUCAACCACUACACAAGUAAAUCAAUUAAUAUUCACGGCUAGGUUCAAUUUAAUUUAACUGUCUUGUCAAAGGACUCAGUUUUUUGUUCAACUGUAGCAAUGCAUAUUUAGUAUAACUUUUAUCCUGUAAAUAAAAUGUUCUUAGUUGAUAUGUAAAGCAUGUUUUUAAUACUCGAACAUAAUAUGUUAUGUCAUGUUUCUUGUGUGUUUUUUAGUUUUGUGUGUUUGGCAUUUUUUUAAAGGUUUGUCCCAUCUUUUUUGCCAAAAUUUUUUCUAGUCAUAUUUUUAGGUCUUCAUUAUAUAUGUUAAAUCAUUAUUAGGAAUACGUUAAAGUAUGGUCAUUUCUAAUUUUUGUCCUUAUUUGGUGAAUUUUGUUUGGCAUACUAAUAAAUGCUCAUUUACAACAA